GCGAGCAGGCGCGUGCUGCGUGGCACGAGCUCACGGCGGCGGCUCUGGCUUCGGGUCCGCGAAACGGAACCCCUUCGGCAACGCAGCCCCUGCCGGUCUCGCGCCCACAGAAGGACGACCUGCCCGGCCGCCGCUCGACCGCUCGGUGACGACCAAGCGCCGCCUCACACCCUUGGACUCCGACGGUCGCCAUAAAAAUCUUCCAAGAUGACGGAGAUGUCUGUGGCCGAGCCGGCCCCCGGCGGGGCGGCCGGAGGCAAGCAGGACCCCGUGGUGCCGGAUGCGGUGGUCUACCUAUGCAGCGUCGUCAUCGUCGUCAUGGUGGUGGGCGGAGUGAUCGGUCUGUCCAUUCUCAUGAAGCAGCGACUCGACGUCAACCAGAAUGUUACAACAGCGGCACCAGCCGGUCCGGGGGCACCACCACCCAAAGCGAGAUUAGUGUCGGUCGAGGACUCGGAGUCCAGUGAUUUCAAGGUGUUCAACGAUGAUGAUCCGUUCCAUUACCGUGUCGCUAAGGCAAGAGACGGCUACCACCGGAAGGUUCCCUUCUAUGAAGCGGCGCAUUCAAAACAGAAGGCAAAACGACACAAAAAAGUGCCCACCACGAGGGUAACGAAAGCAAAGAGGAAGACAACGAAGAGAGCGAAGGCUACUACCAAGCACAAGAGCCGCCGGCUACCCGUCACACACGGGGUCAAAACAACGGCGAAACACGGCAAGAGGAAAACUAACGUCGCCCACAAGAAAGAUAAGACAGUGAAGGCCGCCACCGAGGCCACUGCCAUCCGCGAGAUCGGCGCCCUGGAGAACAUCUCGGACGUGGGCGUGGCAGGCAUCGAGAUCAAGGCGAAGAAGAACGCCGCCAAGAACGCCCGAAAUGACACCAUUGGCGGUGACGUAGACAAAGGUGAUGUUCAAGUUUCAGCCAAGAAGAAAGUUUCUGCUAAAGAAAGGAAACGCCAAGCGGUCGUUGAAACUAUGAAAGUUUUCUUGAAGAGUUCAUCGGAAGCUCAGCCACCGAACAUCACUAUAAACAAAUCUCCGCCCGCACCGGACAGCGUCAACCUAAGCGACGUAUCAGACUUCAUCGCCGGCGAUGGCGCUGCUUCCGAGGCGGCGAGCGGUGAUGACGGCGUCGCGGAGCACAAAACCAUUGCUAUCAAACUGAUAAAACCAGCCGAAAUUGAGAAGACAUCCGAAGUCGACAAUGUGGCCUCUCACAACCAAUCUGCACGGGCAGCCGUCAGCGGCUCCUCUGUCAACGGCACGGCAUCCAACACGUCGUCGCUGGGAAACGCGCCCGUCACCAACGAGUCGAGUGACAAGGCAGCGCCUGUCAUUUCAUCGCGAGGCAACACGUCGGACGGCAAUACGUUAGUAGGAAAUACGGUGCUCACCAAUUCCUCCUCGUCCGUGAACAAGAAUUCAGCUAGCCACGUGCCUGAAGCCAAAGAGGAAUUGUCAGCGGACUCAUCUGCAGUCAACAAGUCGCCAAAGUCUGCAUCACCGGUCGAUGAAUCGCCGGUGGUUGAAUCACCUUCUGACUCGAAGUCCGCUGUAGACAGUGCUGGCGCAAACAAGCUGAAACCAGCUAAGCCAUCGGCCGCCAACGGGUCACCCGCAAAGGAUGCGACUGGCAAGGCAGCCAUCAACCAAUCUGUUGGCCAAGGUCCGCAGACUAACGACGCCCAGCCUAUCGACUCAUCUGCAGUCAAGUCGCCAGAGUCGGUAUCACCGGUCGAUGAAUCUCCGGCGGUUGGAUCGCCUGCUGGCUCGAAGUCUUCUGUAGACAUUUCUGGAGCAAACAAGCUGCCACCAGCUAAGCCAUCGGCCACCAACGGGUCACCCGCAAAGGACGCGACUGGCAAGGCAGCGGUCAACCAAUCCGUUGACCGAGGUUCGCAGACCAACAAUGCCCAGCCUCUCGACGCAUCUGCCGCGAGCGACAAGUUGCCAGAGUCUGCAUCACCGGUCGAUGAAUCUCCAGCGAUUGGAUCGCCUGCUGGCUCGAAGUCCCCUGUAGACAUUUCUGAAGCAAACAAGCUGCCUCCAGCUAAGCCAUCGGCCUCCAACGGGUCACCCGCAAAGGAAUCGACUGGCAAGGCAGCGGUCAACCAAUCCGUUGACCGAGGUUCGCAGACCAACAAUGCCCAGCCUCUCGACGCAUCUGCCGCGAGCGACAAGUCGGCGGACAAAUUGGCGCCCGUGAACGAACCACCGGCUAGCGCGCCCUCCGGCGCCGAAAAGCCGGCUGCUGCAAAGUCAGCAGAAAAGUCAGGUGAUGCAGGUUCGGCGGAAAAUAACAAAGGUGAGGCUGCGCUCCCGAACCAAGCCGUUGAAGAGAAACAUACUGACAAAUCAAAAGAUGCGGCUGAGCACGGCGCAGACUCCCUGGCACCCGGCCCGAGCGCCCAGCGACCGCUCUUCUGCGACGUGAGGAAGUCCAUCUUACGGCCGCUGGCGUCUUACUGCACACACAUCCUGUUCGGCCGGCUUUCCCUCGUGACGAGCAAUGGGGUGAUCAUGGUCGGAGACUUCGAUAGUGCCACCCAAGAGCAACUGCAUCUCGCCUCCGUGGUGCGUCCCGGCUGGCCGCACGUCAGCCUGAUGGCCACGCUGGGUGGAGGUGGUGAGAAGAAUGACAUUGCUAUGGCCAAAGCCUUCGAGGCCGGUGAUGCGACACUGGACGCGCUGGCCACCGAGGCGGCGAACCUGGUGCGCAAGCGGGGCCUGGAUGGUCUCAAUGUGCACUGGACAGUGCCGGACCUCGAAGGGGACGUGGAAGCGUAUGCCGUAGGACUGGUUGCCUUCAUCAAGAAACUGCGGAAGGAGCUCGGUCCGUCGUCCAUCAUCACCGUUGUGUUGCCAAGCGAGCCCGAGGAGAGGAACGCGGCCUUCAACGUCAGGGAACUUCAGCCGUUGGUCAACUUCCUGUUCGUGAGCACGCACGACACCUUUAGCCCGUACUCCACGCUCACGCACUUCAACGGGCCGGCGCAGGACAUCGACACUGGAGGCAUGUUCACCGCCAUCGCGGACGUGAUGAAGCAGCUGAACGCCAACCAGUCGCGGCAGCUGUGCUUCACAUUCGGCCUGUCCGGCGUGGCCUACAAGGUGGACGCCGGUGCACCGCUUGCCAAGUACGUGCCCCUGGUCGGAGCAGUCGAACCGAGUAUCGCACAGAGCGCCCCCAACGCCGGCCAGCUGCCAAAGGAAGGACAACCCAUCACGUACGACGAGGUGUGCAAGUUGAACCUGACCUGCCACCGGGCGCAUGUGGAGAAGAGCUGUUACGACAAAGUAGGGGACACGUGGUACGGCUACGUGGACGAAGAAGCCGUCGCCUCCAAGGCCAAGUGGAUCCUAAAGGACGGCUGGGAGAACCUGUGCGUUGUGGCGUGGAACGUGGACGCGGACGAUGUGAAAGGCAGCUGCCGGGGCGACGCGGCGGCGUCCUACCCACUGCUGCGGAGCCUCAGCCAAGCCACCGCGGCCUUGGCAUACUGAAACGCGGCAGCGCGCGACUUCCGUGGAAAGACACACAUCAUCAGUCUCAUCGAAUAAAGUGCCCUCAU